GUUUAAUUGAGGAAGAACAAACUGUGUCACUUCAAGCAGUGCAAGUUGAAUCAGAUAAUUUCAUAGAAGUCGACUACUGGAAGCCACAUGAAAUACUAAACGUUCGGUCGGCGAACAUAUUUCCACCCAAUUAUAAUUUUCGUAAGGUGUGCUCCUGCGAUGAGUGUAGCGCCGUCAUUGAUGAGCUCAAUGACUUCUCUGAGAGCACAAGAUCCCUACUUGAGGGUAUAAUGGACAUUACAUCCUUUAUCUCCCAUACAGUUGACCACUGUUUUUAUCUAUCACUAGCAUGUGACUGGUCAGCACGGACACUCCACAAGUUUCGGAUUUUGCUCAAAGAAGAGAAUGAG